AUGAGACUGAAUGAGUUCAGCGCCGUCUCCACGACGAAGGCCCUCCUGGUCCCCUACGACGCGCACCAUGUCCUCACCUAUCACGGGUGGAUGGAGGAUCCCGUCAUCCAAGCGGCAACCGCCUCGGAACGGCUCACGCUUGAAGAGGAAUACGAGAACCAGCAGUCGUGGCGCGCUUCGCAUGACAAGCUGACCUUCAUCAUCUGUCAGCCGCUGUCAACGGGGGAAGCGGACGGCGCAUCGAUCCACGCGGGUGGACCCGAUGCUCCGGCGAAAAUGGUGGGCGACGUCAACCUGUUCCUGUACCCGUACGAGGAGGACGAGGAUGGAGAGCAGCCUCCCUCGGAAACACCCGGGUUCUGCGUGGGUGAGAUCGACAUCAUGAUUGCCGACCAGAAGCAUCGCGGUAAGGGAUUCGGCCGGGCGGCUGUGCAGGCGUUUGUGCAGUACAUAUUCCGUCACUUGGAUGCUGUCAUGCGGGAGUAUGCCGAGGACAAGGACAUGGCAUCGCCGCCGGAGCUCAAGAUGCUCAUGGCCAAGAUCAACCAGGGAAAUGCCACGAGCAUCGCGCUGUUCGAGAGCCUUGGCUUUGAGCAGGAGGGAGAGGUCAACUACUUUGGCGAAGUCAAGCUGGUGCUCCGCCGCAUAGACGGGUUCGCGGCGAAUGUCCCGGAGGGGUACGCAGAGAUGGUCUAUUCGAGGAUUCAAAACCAUGAUAAGCCUCAAUAA